AUAAAAAAUCAUAUAAAGGACAAAUGUGUCUCGUGAAUCAUCUACUCUUCAUCUUUGGAUCCACUUUAGGGAAAUGGAAAGAAUAUGUACACCUGGAUACCUGUUCGUGGUAGCUUUCCUUAUCGUGUCAUCUCAUGCCAAGGUGAAGCGUACAUUUAUAUGCCAAGAUGAAAAGACAACUCUAAAAUGCAAAGCAUUUGGAACUGUGAUAAAUGUCCGCAGUGGAGACUAUGGUAGGAAAAACAAACACACAUGCACGAAGCCAGAAUUUGGCUCGGGGUUUUAUUCUGACACAUCGUGUACAAGUAAAGACCAAACAUUCCCUCUUCUGAAGAGUAUUUGCAAUGGAAAAGAAAAGUGCGUCGUCGACCAAAGGACUAUAGUAGGAAUAGUCGGAGACCCAUGUAUAACAAAGAUCAGUUACGUUGAAGUAGAGUGGGAAUGUAAAGGUCGAAGGAGUGUCCCAGUGCCCCCCGGUUUAGCUCCUAUAAUUCCCCCACGCACAGUCCUCUGUGAAGGUGGUACAACCAUAUUACAAUGUCAAAACAGGGGAUCAAAGAUAAAGAUCGUCAACGCUGAUUUUGGUAGGAAGGAUACACACACAUGCUCGAACCCAUUGAUGAAUUCCUGGUUCUAUCGGGAUACCGCCUGUACCAGCGAAGAUAAGACUUUUCCGCUCCUUAAAAAGUGGUGCAAUGGAAAAAACAAAUGUAUAGUAGACUCACUGCGAAUAAAAAGCAUAGUUGGAGAUCCAUGUGCAAUGAUAUACAAAUAUGUAGAGAUUGAGUGGUUGUUCAAAUCUAAAGUAGCCAAAGUCUGUAACGGGCCUUCUGGAGUGAAAUCAGUAUCAAGUCCAAAGCUAACACAGAGUUUUGAUAACAAACUGUCCACGUCGGUUGUAUUGAUAUGGGUGAACAGCAAAGGGAUAGCAGAUCCAGUCCAUCGAUGGGUCAUUCCUCCAGGAGGCAGAAAGGUGUUGACGACAUAUUCAAAACAUUACUUUGUCGCACAGACAGUUAGUACUGCUAAAUGGCUGAAGAUUAAAGGGAAGUGUUUAUAUGUCCCGAAAGGUGGUGUUGUUGAUAUAACGUACUGAUUCGACUUUAAGUCCUAUACUGUAAUAAGAUAUAAGAUUUAUAUGAAAUAAAGAAGAAGUUCACAAAUAA